UAUUGCCUUACAGAGAUAUUCAAAUCUAUGAAAUGCCCUAUUGGCUGGUACGAAUGGAGAUUUGUGUGUGUCUUGUAAAGAGUGGCGUUUACCAUUCUGAAAGAUAAACGAAGACAAACGAUGAUACCCCGCCUCUAAAAACAAGCAGCGCGUUUGUCCAGAGCUGAACGAGGUUAAACGCUUACAUGGUAGCCUACCGGAAUGUGCAUGCACGCGGUUCUAUUUCACACAGCUCGAAAACACAAACAAACAAACAAACAAACAAAAUAAGUCACGGUAUAUUGUUUCUGAUCGACAGUUGAUGUGGAAAUGUUUUUUUAUUCAAGCAGCAGACCAUGUCAGAUUCUUCAGGAAAAAAAAAGCUAAUGAAAAUAUCAAAAUAUGCGGGCAGAUUGGUUUUGAAUACAGAGUCUGGCACUUACAGUAAUACAGCCUCAUGUUAUUUCAUUACAACCCUCACUCUUGGCAGCGUGGUUGAAUGGUGUGACCUGGCACUCGAGCGGUGGUCCUGGAGUAGACUGCGCCUUACCCGCGCACAGACUGAACAAGAGGAUUGUUAAUAUUAGAGUCUCGGUGCUGAAAUGGACAGCUCCCGUGAUUACGAGAUGAACAGGUCAGAAGCGGUCGGUAAAACGGGACAUUUAUUUAAUGGGCCGUACUCUGCGCUAUGGACAAUAAUUAUCAGUUUUCUUAUUGCUUUGCUGGUCGUCGCCACGGUCCUGGGAAACGCUCUGGUCAUGCUAGCAUUCGUAGUGGACACAAGUCUUCGGACCCAGAACAACUUUUUCCUGCUAAAUCUCGCAAUUUCUGAUUUUUUGGUCGGAGCACUUUGCAUGCCUCUCUAUGUCCCCUAUGUGCUGACUGGAAAAUGGACCUUUGGCAAGACCCUCUGUAAACUAUGGCUGGUCAUGGAUUACCUGCUCUGCACCUCUUCAGUGUUCAACAUUGUGCUGAUCAGCUAUGACCGAUUCCUCUCAGUCACCCAGGCAGUUGCAUACAGAGCCCAACAAAGAAAGACGUUACAUGCUGUUUCCAAGAUGGUUCUGGUUUGGGUCCUGGCUUUCCUAUUAUAUGGACCCGCUAUCAUAGCAUGGGAGCACAUUGCCGGCCACAGCAUUGUUGAAAAGGAGGAGUGCUAUGCUGAAUUCUACUACAACUGGUACUUUCUGAUUACAGCGUCCACUGUGGAGUUCUUCACACCCUUCAUCAGCGUGACCUUCUUCAAUGUGAGCAUAUACCUGAACAUCCGCUGGCGGACCCAGUCUCGACAGGCAUUGAACAAGGAGACACGGGGGGUCGAGCCCGAAGGAAGCGGUCUGGAUCCACUCUCUGAACUCAGCACACAAGACAAGGAGCUGAGCCAAAGCAAGCCCAUGACAUCGGUGCCAAUGGGUCCAUGUCUGGAGCUGGAGGGCAAAGCUGAAACAAUAGACUCGAUGAAUCCUGGAGACCUGGCACCCAAAGAGAAAGAUGCAGAGAAAAGUAAAGGUGGCGAGUUCUCCCAGAGACUGCCCUCGAUGAUCAAAAGGACGAGGGCCAUUUCACAGACCAGUGCCCAACACUUCAGGCUACUAAGGGACAAGAAGGUGGCCAAAUCUCUGGCCAUCAUUGUUUGCACAUUUGGGGUCUGCUGGGCCCCAUACACCUUGCUGAUGAUCAUUCGGGCUGCCUGCAAUGACAGCUGCAUCUCCAGGUACUGGUACGAGGUGUCCUUCUGGCUGCUUUGGAUCAACUCAGCCAUCAACCCUGUCCUGUACCCGCUGUGCCACUCCAGUUUCAGGAAGGCUUUCAUGAAGCUUCUGUGUCCGAAGAAGUUUAAAAUGAAGGCUAGUUUACGAAGUACAUAACUGCGAAUGGCUUGUCCAAAAAGGGUUCUUCAUUACACAAUUGUGCCGUAGUUCCUCUUUUGAUCAUAUGGGCUGAAACACAUGACAGCAAAGGACAGAGCCCUUUACGUUUUGCAGGAAGAUGCGACCCAAGCAGCGAAGAGUAUGACAUUAUUUCUGUAUGAAAAGGAAAGAGUAUCUUACACAUUCAGUAUGGAAUGUCAGUUAACCUCUACAGAUACAUGUUUGUUAAUGUUUAGCAGGACAGAAAAUAUCAUGUCCAUGUUUUUAAUCACGCUCUGAAAUUCAAGAACUAUGGGAUGCAGUAUAGCCUGCAGUUCAGAAGUUGGGACAGAGGACUGAAUUCUACAUUGGGCCAUUGAGAAUGCACAAGGAACAAUGUCAUACUUGGAAGGACAGUUCACCAUCAUUGUCUGCACAUGAAUAUUUUACCAUUGGAUAGAGAUAAUGCCAGGGGCCCAGGCUGUACUACUGCUUGUGACAUGGCUGUCAUCUGUGCUUUCAUUUUCAUCUACAUUGUUUUUAGAAAAAAACAACAAUGUGCAAAUUAAUGAUUUCAUCUCCCAGAGUUUCUAUAAAUAAAAGAAAGUAGUGCGCAAUUUUGUUUUACUGAACCCUCUCCCACCUCUAUCUCUUUCAAACAAUAAACUUACUGUAUCUUAUUUCGCUGCCAGAGACAUGAGCUAGCAUGUUGAUGCAGUUAUAAAUGGACACAGCUUCGAACUGAUGUAGGCUACGGUGAGCUGUAGCAUUGACAGCUUAUAUUCAGAAUGGAAUAGAUCUGUAUCAUGUUUUCAACCGUACCUCGAAGUACCCAAGAUUGUUAUGAAUUUUGUUUUUCAUAUACAGAACCUGGCUUUAGUUUUCAGCAAUAUAUUAGUUUCCAGCUUAACACAGUAAUACCUUCAGUGUUGGGCAACAAGACAAUCCAGCAGGAGAGCACACACAAGGUCAGGGGAUGAAUACUAAUCAUGUCCUUGCUAGAGGUCUGAUGGGACAGAUGCUAUUCAACACAAUAGGUGAUAGAGGGUUCAGGCGCACUUUUUUUUUUUUUGCCUCAGCUGUGAAAUUUGUAUUUGUGUACAUGUCUUCCACAGUUGAUUAUCAAAAUGAUUUAUCAGACCUAUACCUGGUAUAUGCUAAGAAUCACCCCAUGCUAAAUGCAGUCUUUAUAGCUAUUACUGAACUUUUAACUCAUUUCAGUAUUGUACAGGUAACGCAAGUAGACUAGAGCUGCCACUCCAGUGUACUUUAACUGCAAUGUAACGAUUUGAUACUGUGACUGCAGUUUGGCUUGGCCUCAGAGCUGCAUUCAAGCUGCAGUUGUGAUCAUGAUGUACUGUAUGCUGGUCUUUCUGCAGUCUGAUGCCAUUCUUUUGUUAUUAAAUCCAAAUGUGAAAAAAAGUUGUCUAUCAUCUUUUUCCACUUUCCAUCUGAUUGUACAAAA